CACUUCUUGCAAAGAGAUUUCAGCAGCUCAACCACAUGAUUCAAGUAUCCAAUGGAAAUGAAACGAAAAGAGAGGCUAGUUCUGGUCAUGGAUCAAAUUCAGGUCAGUCUUAUUCUGGCAGAAGUCGUGAGGGUCGAAGCUUAAUAAGUGGAACAAGGGUAAGCGGAACAAGAGGGAUGGCAGCAGGAGGAUCUGGUGAUGAUCCCGACGAUCCAAAAAAACCUCAUCCGCGUACAGAACCUCAAGACAAGAUGGAUGGCGAUGUGAAAAAAGAUCUCAAAGAACAAGAAGAAAUGCUAGCUAAACUUUUAAAGUCCAUAAAAGUGCCUUAUUCGGAUCAGUCGAACAACAAACAAACCCAAACAUCAGAGGAAGGAAACGUCGUCACGUUACAUAAAAAGCUCAAACUAAAAGACAAAGAAAUUUCUGCAAUGCAAAAUCUCAUUAAUUGCUGUCGGAAUGACUACGAGGAGCUUCAGCAAAGUUUUGAUAUGUAUAAGAAAGAAUUUGAUGAAGUAGACAAGAACCGUGCGUACAUACAUUCGCUUACAAAGGAAAAUGCAGCACUCAGGCAAGAAAAUUCCAAUAAAGACAGAGCGAUAUCCAAGUUAGAGGAGCUAAAUCGAAAGCUAAAAAACAAGCUUUCAAAAGUGUCAAUUGAUUGCGAUUUUCUCAGGUCCGAGAAACUAGAGCUACUAAAACAAUUGAGGCAUUAUGAACAGAACUACGAUGAACCCUCAACAAGCCGAAAAACAAACGAACAAAAUGAAAAUGCAAUUCUGGCUUUGAGGAAAUCGUCAAGUUUACAAGAAGUUAAAAUAUUGAAAGCACAGGAAGCAAACAAUCUAUUGAAUAUGAAGAUAGAGCACCUACAGAGCAUCAUCGAAAAACUAAAUAACGAAAGACAAAGCCAAGAACAAAGGGAAGAAGAACUGAAAAAAAACCUGGUAAAGCUUUCAGCAGAAAACACUAAGUUAAGCUUGAAGCUGAAGGAAGCUUGCGAUUUUACGUCUAAAAUCAAGAAUGACCUUCAACAAAUAUACGACGACAUAAUGGAUGGAAGAAAAAGGCUUGAUGAUGGCAGUAUAGAAAUGAGAGCUACAUCGAGCCCCCUUUCAAUGGAACUUGCAGACGUCCAAAACAUCAUUUAUGACGAUGAGUUCAAGAUGCAACAAAGUCAGGCUAGUAUGCUUGCCAGAUCAAUAACAGCAGCCAUGGAAGAACUAAAACAGUCWAUAACUAACACUAGAAGAAAACUGGAUAAGAUAAGCUCUAACAACGACAUCAUGCAGGAAAAGACRAACACGAUUUUCGAGUUGAGCCAAAGGCUAUCAAAAUUACAGGAAAAAUUUGAAGAUGAAGAAGCGAAAUGCCAAGCCGUUGAGAUAACACUCACAGAUAAACAAACAGAAAACAAACAAUUGUAUCAGACUAUCGAACAACAAAAUGAUCAGCUGUCUCAUGCGUAUGAAGAUUAUCGAUUGAUGAUGUCCUCUAAAGAUAAACAAAUCAGUAACCUUCAGAGUGAACUGAACACUGCAUUAGCAAAACAAGGUGAGGUUUACGGCGAGUACCAAAGUGUUUAUCAAAGCAACCAAGAGUUGCAAUCUACSCUGUCUUCUGUGAAAUCUGAAUCAGAUAAACAAGCUGAAAACGAGAAAGAACUGCGUGGAUACAUCGACGAAUUAGAAACUGAGACGCAGAGAAUUCUAGGAAAUUUGACCAGAGAGAGAAGGAAAAGUCAAGAAAUUCAACGCAACUUCGAGAAAGCACAAACCAUGUUAACUGGUGACCCCACACAAAUGCAGGAAGACCUACAAAGUAAGAUCSGUGAAUUAGGAAAAUUAUUGGAGAACAUUGACCAAUCAACAAGCAGUAAUUUGGACUUAUGGUGUCAUCCAUAUACCGUUGCCAUGGAGAAAGGUAUGCAGAUCUUGUAUGAAGUCACAGGUCUCGUAAAUGCGAUUGGACAAAAACCAACUGAGACAACGUCCACUAGUGAAACAACUGAAACAAGACAAAAUGAGCUUGAAGCCAUGAUAGAAUUCCUCGAAGACAAAAAUAAACAACUACAGAAUGAAAAGUCAAAACUGGAAAAGAAAAUGAAGAAAAAUGCAAAGGUCACCUUUUCAGAAGAUACAAAGUGCGGAGAAGACUCGAACACCGGAGAUCAAAGGACCUAUGUUAAAAGUCUCCAGGACAAGUUGAAAGAAAGGGAAUAUCAACUAGAUGAGCUAACAAGACAAAACGACAUGGUACAAUUAGAAAAUAAUACUAUUGAAGACUUACUAUUAGAAGCUAAACAAGAAGCAGUCAAAGAACGAGAUAAGUACCAGUCAGAGAUCAAGCAAUUACAGCAAAAGAUACUGCAAAACAAGGAAAGUGGAAACGUCCAAAUCAAGAAACUUGAAGAAAUCAAUAAAGAACUUUUGCAUAAAAUAGAGCUCUAUGAUAACUUAUUCCAGAAAGGAAAUGAAAUGAAAGAACAGGAACAGUCAACAGACGUAAAAGUAUCAGUGUCUCAGCUGCAAAAUGCCAUCAAGUUCUUAGAGAAGAGAAUUCUAAGGCUGCAAGACGAAAAGCAAGACAGCGAGAGACAGAUGAAUACUAUGUUUAAAAGACUUAACACAGAAACUGAAUUAACCAACUGCAAAAAUGAACGAGACCAACUCGACUUAGAAUACCAGAAAAAGAAGCAGUCGAAGAAACCAGACAGUACCUUGCAGGAAAUAGUGGCAAACGCAGAAAKGAGAAGCAGAGAAUUAGAGGAUUGCCUAGCAGAACGUACCGCUUUACAGGAAGAAUUGACUCGCUGGAACUUGACAAAGUACUCAAGUCAAGAAACAAUACCAGGAACAUCUAAGUUUUCCGCUGAAGAUAAGGAAAGCAAGGAAAACGAAUUUUUCGAAAGGAAUGCUGAAAUAGAUACUCAAGGAAAGAUCACAAGUCUAGAAGCACAGCUUAAAUGUCGAACUGAUUCAGAACAAGAACUGUGCAACAAGAUGUCAUCCCUUGAACAGCGAAUAUCGGUCUUGGAAGCUGAGAAACUUCACCAUAGCAGAACCAUAACCUCAAUGAUUAGAACUCUACAAGCGAAAGAUGAUUUAGCUAAAGCCAUCAAAGCAAGAGACRACACAGAGAAAGAUUUCAAUAAACAGCUAGAUGACAUGGAGGUGAUUGUCACGAACCUGAAAAACGAAAAGCAAAAAGCUCAGAGCGAUGAAGAUUUAAAGGCAAAGUACAAGAAAGAGUAUUAUGAGUCACGAGAGAAAGUCAGAAAGUUAAAUGCGACUUUACAAAAACGUAAUCAACUUGUCGAAGAGAUGCGAGGUUACAUCAAGGAACUGAGAAAAGAAGAAGAAAAACUAGAAGCRAUGGACUUUCAUGAUUUGAAAACGCACUUUGAUGUUCUACGUACCACACUCGAAGACAAAGAUACAACAGAACAAAAACUAAAGAAAAAGUUAAAAUCACUGAAAGAAACUAUCUCUAACUUGCAAGCAGAAAAAUGUGAGAGUGAUAGAAUGGUCGAAUCUUUGCUGAAGUCUGUAGAGCAGAACAACAGUCGUGACGUAGAAAWUCUAACUGAACAACUCAAAGUAAUGUCAGAUAAARUGAGUCAACUCCAAAAAGAAAAGCAAAACCUGGAAUACGAAUUGCAGUUUUCGAAAAAKAUUAUUGAGCAAGCGCGAGGUGAAAUCAAACUACAAGAGAAAAGUUCGCAAGAGAACAUUGAAAGCUUAGAAAAAAGUUUAAAGGCUCGYCAUAAYGAGAAACACGAACUAAAACAGAUGCUGAAGACGCUGAAUGACAAAGUGGUGCAGAUGGAGGCCGACAAAAGUCAGAAUGAGAAAAGUAUGAAAAUUYUAUUAAAUUCCUUGAAAUGUAAAGAUGAUCUAGAAAACUCGCUAAAGGAAAAACAARUCACAGAAAAKGCUCUGAACGAUAAGCUAAGCCAGCUCCAGUUACAGAAAGACGAGACUCUAAAAGAAUUGCAGCAACAAAUWMAAKAUUUAAAGGCCACCGAGGAUUCAGCAAAUGAAAAGAUUGCACAMAUGGAAACUGAGCUACAAGAGCUGGCUGCGCAAAAGCUAAGUCUAGASGGGGAAGUCAACUGUUUAUCUAAGAAACUUUCAGAAGCUGAAGAAGGAAAAAAGGCCAGUAUUUCUGAGAGCAAAUCACUUGCUGAGAGUCUAUUUAACGAGCUCAACAAGAAAACUUGUAAAGUACAGAACCUUGAAAACCAAGUUAGUGAACUACAAACCAUAACAACGAAUUUAAAGGAAACUUUGACAUUGAAAGAGGAGGAAUGGUCGAAGUCUUUACAAGGAACAAAAGAUCAGCUUGGAAAAAAAACGAAUGAUUUACGGAAGACGAUCGUAGAACUGAACGAGGCUCUUGAACAAAACGACAAUAAGAACCAAAAUCUGUGGACAAAAUUACAGGAAUCAAAAGACAAGGUUUCGGAGCUCACUCAAGAAAYUUGCCUUCUSUGGAARCACAAUGGACAGCUCCAGGAAGAAAAUGACGAGCUUCAGGACUACAUUUCUCAGCUGGAGCURAGCAGGAAGAACGAUCAAACAGACUUAUCGAACAGGAUUCACGAGUUGGUGGCAGAAUCCAAGAUUGACAACGAAAAAAUUGAAGCUUUAGAGCGUGAUAUUAUGUUAAAAACUGAAACGCAAAACAGAAUGGCAACGGAAAUACAGUACAUAAAAUCAGAGAUUUUCCAUGAAAAAACCAACAAAGCUGAAGUCUUAGGCAUUCUUGAAUAUACUAAACAACGAGUUGAAGACCUCGAAAGAGAAAACAUGAAACUUAGAGAAAGAAGCAACGAUAUCUACAAGAAAUCAGGAAUUGACGACGUUGAAAARCGGGCAAAAGAAGUGAUUUUAGAGUCCCUGGGUGACUCUGAGAAGACUAUAGGGAGAAUACGAUCCAACUGGCAGUACAUAGAGAAUCUGAAAUCCAAGGGAUUUUACCAUACACAAAAAGAUUGUAAAACACAGACAGAAUCAAUGAUGGAGGGAACAUCAGAUAGCAACACUGAUAGAUGGGUAUCUUCAACAUUGCCUAAAAGCARCCUGCAGAGUCUACAUCAACCUGCUAAUACAAGCUUUAUUUAAAAUACUACCACAGUAUAAAGACCCGACAAAUAGUUUUGCCAU